AUGGAUACAUUGGACAAACAUUCCUCGCCGGCAUCGGGGUUGCCUCUGGCUUUCCACGGCACGGUGAUACACUCUUGCUCUCUCAACGAGCUCCAGAUCCUGGAAAAUUGCUUCAUCUUGGUUGAUAAGGCGGGCAAGAUCCAAGCACUGCAGCCAGAUGUGGAGGCGAGCCAGAUAAAUGCCAUCGUUUCAGACAACGGAUAUGCGCCCGACGUUUUCCCGAUCAAACGCCUUCGACGUGGCGAAUUUCUGUGUCCCGGGUUUGUGGACACUCACAACCAUGCACCACAGUGGACUCAACGCGGCGUUGGGCGUGGGCAGACCUUACUGGAUUGGUUGGAGAACGUCACAUUCGCCCAUGAGGCCAAAUUCGAGGAUCAAGACUAUGCUUUUCGUACAUACUCUUCUUGUGUGGCAGGCUUUCUCCAGCAAGGGAUUACCACGGCAUCGUAUUACGGAUCUCGCCAUGGCAAAGCGAGCCGCAUCCUCGCCGAUAUCUGUUUUGAUAAAGGCCAGCGCGCCCUCGUGGGCAAGUGUAACAUGAAUCGAAAUGCCCCUGACUGGUAUCGAGACUCCUCGAUUGAUGACUCGCUUCACGAAACGCGUGACUUGAUCCGGCACAUUCGGGAUCUUGACCCAGAGAACCGACUGGUGAAGCCCGUCUUGACUCCGCGCUUCGCCAUUUCGUGCGAUUCAGAACUUCUAUCGGGUCUUGGGGUUAUCGCUCGGGAGCAUCCGCAGCUACAUAUUCAGACCCAUUUCAACGAAGCGAAGCAGGAAAUUCAGUUCACACGGCAAUUAUUUCCAGAUUUCCGCACAGAAGCUGAAUUAUACAAGAAAUUUGGCUUGCUAAAUGACCGGUCUAUUCUAGCCCAUUGUAUUUUUUUGGAGGAGGAGGAGAUGGUUGCCCUCCAGGAGCUUGGCUGUGGUGUCUCCCACUGCCCAAUCUCAAAUACCACGAUGCAAGAGUUUAUGGUUGCACCAAUACGGGAGUAUUUGCGACGUGGUAUCAAAGUUGGACUGGGAACCGAUAGUGGCGGCGGACAUUCCUCCUCGAUGUUGGAAAUCAUGAAACAGGCAUUUGUGGUUUCAAAUGCUCGGCAGACACUUACUAACGGCCGAGAUCCUGCUUUGUCCCUGUCAGAGGGAUUCUUCUUGGCCACUUUGGGGGGUGCGCAAGUUUGUGGCCUCGACGAAAGGAUCGGAAAUUUCAUUGUGGGAAAAGAAUUCGAUGCACUCGAAAUUCACACAAUGAAUCUGGAAUAUCCGGGAGUGAUGACGCCCGUUGAAGAGGACGACUCGAUCUCGGUCAUCUUCGAGAAAUUCUUAAUGACCGGCGACGAUCGGAAUAUUGCUAAAGUAUAUGUACGCGGCCAGUCGGUCAAAGUCUGA